AUGGCUGAAGAAUUGGCCUCAAGGAUGUCACAAUCACGGGAUGAGGGAGACGACACUGGACAAGUGACUGGUGGUGACCAUGAGAAAAUAUACCAAACGGUUGAACAACCAUCACUGAGCCCGAUAAUUAACCAGGAUGAUCUGUCAAAUAACUUUGACUUACCAAGGGCUGCCGGUACGUUAAAUGUCAACGCCUAUCAUGAGGAAAGUGAGACGGACUCAAAGGCUAUUGGUGGUUAUAGAUCAAUGGAUCCGAAGGCCCAAUCUAACGAUGACAACGAGUUGACCAAUUCUGCUACAUUAGAUGAUCCAAUACAAUUCACGAGAGUCUCUUCCUCAUCCGCUAUAAGUGGUGCAUCUUCUUUUGAAUACGAUGGAAAUAACCAAGAGGACGAUAUACUCAGAGGAGAUGGUAAGGUGCAAAUAGGAGGUAAGGGUAUUAAUAAAGAACGAGGUGAAGUAGACUCGAAGAAUCAUUACAAUAAUAUAUCAACUGGCAGAACACAGGGCAAUGAUGGCUCCACGGUUGGUGACAAGACCAAUUCCACAAUCCGUGGCUCUGGUGCCGAACAGCAAGUCAAUGGUACUCCCAAUGAUACCUUCACGGCUAGCGAAAGCCUUUUCGACACUUCUUCAGGAAAUCUGAGCAGCGUGUCAAAGACUAUCUUGCCGUCGAUGUUUGCUACAGAACCAAGGCAACAAUCGCAUACUCCAGUGAGCACACCCGUGAUUCCUCAAGAGCCAUCAUCCUCGGUAUCCGAGCAAUCGACAGCUAGCAAAGGAAUGAAUUCACCGUUCAGACCAUUCACGAACAAAGCGGGAGCCACAAGUAGUCCGAAAAUUACUCAUGUCUCAACGCCCUCCCCAUCUUCCACUGCUGGCAAGAGUGAUUCAAGUAAGAGGAAGAGUAGCGGCAGUAGUCGAAUGAAGGGUGUGUUUACAUCAUUUGUUCAAAAUAUCAAGAGAAACUCUCAAAGUGAAAGAAGUAGAUCGGGAAGUAGUGUCAAGAUAUCGACACCUUACAACGCUAAACAUGUCCAUCAUGUUGGCGUGGAUGCCAAGACUGGGGAGUACACUGGUCUACCUGAGGAAUGGGAAAGAAUGCUCACAUCGAGUGGUAUCUCUAAAAAAGAGCAGCAACAGAAUAUGCAAGCCGUGGUGGAUAUUGUCAAGUUCUAUCAAGACGUUGCCGAAUCAAGUGGUGAAGAUAAAGUUUUCAAAACCUUUAAUGUGAAUGGCUCAAACAUCCACAACAUCAGCACACCUUCACUCAGAACACCGUCAAAUUCUUCUGUAAGUAGGUUCGAGGGAAAAGAUGGUUCUUCAACACCAGAGCUUGUAAGACAAACUCCAAAAUUCCAACAGCCAUUUAGCACGACAUCCCAUGGCGACAACACAAAAAACUCGCCUGCUGCAAUUGGAGCUCUAGAGACACAAAACGCGACUUCCAACGGUAAGUUUAUACCCAGCAGACCGGCCCCCAAACCCCCCGGGCAGUCAGCUCCAAAUAAUAUAAUAUCACCUUUAGCUGCUUCUGGGAAGCCUUCCACGCCGCCAAUCCAAAAAAGCUCCAGUCUAGUGUCAUUACCGUCACGUAAGGGUACCAUCAAAAAGGAUGAACAGCCUCUACCUCCACUUCCACCAGUAGAGGUUGACAAAAUCGAUACCAAGACUGAGAAUAAAGAUGAAAAGUCAAUGCCUCAGGUUCCAAAGUCAAGUGGCACCCAGACGGCACCAUCUAGAGAGGCCUCGAAGAAAGCGCAUGCAGCUCUUGCGGAGAAAAAGGCUGAAGAGAGGGAGAGACGGACCAAACAGCUUUAUGCCAAGCUUGCAGAGAUAUGCACCGAUGGCGACCCCAGCAAGAUGUAUCUGAACUUGACAAAAAUCGGGCAAGGUGCGUCAGGCGGUGUCUAUACAGCAUAUGAGGUAGGGACGAAUGCUUCCGUUGCGAUAAAGCAAAUGAAUCUUGAAAAGCAGCCCAAGAAAGAGUUGAUUAUAAACGAAAUUCUCGUAAUGAAAGGCAGCAAGCACCAGAACAUUGUGAAUUUCAUCGACUCGUAUGUGCUGAAAGGAGACCUCUGGGUUGUCAUGGAGUACAUGGAGGGUGGCUCUUUGACAGAUGUUGUAACCCAUUGCAUCCUCACUGAGGCACAGAUCGGUGCAGUCUGUAGAGAAACUCUAAGAGGUUUACAAUUUCUUCAUUCGAAAGGUGUUAUUCAUCGUGAUAUUAAGUCUGACAACAUAUUAUUAUCCAUGAACGGCGAGAUCAAGCUUACGGAUUUUGGUUUCUGUGCACAAAUCAACGAGAUUAAUUUAAAAAGGACAACAAUGGUGGGUACUCCAUAUUGGAUGGCCCCAGAGGUUGUUUCCAGGAAGGAGUAUGGCCCAAAGGUAGAUAUUUGGUCCUUGGGUAUAAUGAUUAUCGAGAUGAUUGAGGGAGAACCGCCUUAUUUGAAUGAGACACCUCUGAGGGCGCUCUACCUUAUUGCCACAAAUGGUACACCUAAACUGAAAGAACCUGAAGUCUUGAGCCCUGAACUCAAGAGCUUUUUGGCCUGGUGUCUAAACGUGAAUCCUGAUACAAGAGCUAGCGCUACCGAGCUCUUAAGAGAUGUUUUCAUCACACAGUGCGCUGAUGAGAAUGAAUCUUUAGCUCCAUUAGUGAAACUUGCGCGUAUGAAGAAAAUAGCCGAAAAGAUGGACAGCGGUGAUGAAGAAAGUGGUGGCAAUGGCUCAAGAGAGGAUUAA